GUAAAUUUUAUUAAUGGAUAAAAGUUACAUUUAUGUUAAAUGAAUUUCUUUUCUUCUUUCUUAAGGAGUUGAAUGACUUGGCACGGGAUCCCCCAGCACAGUGUUCUGCAGGUCCUGUUGGAGAUGAUAUGUUCCAUUGGCAAGCUACAAUAAUGGGGCCAAAUGAUAGUCCAUAUCAGGGUGGAGUAUUUUUCUUGACAAUUCAUUUCCCAACAGAUUACCCCUUCAAACCACCUAAGGUUGCAUUUACAACAAGAAUUCUUCUUAGAAUUUUCUCAUAUGCGUAUUUCUUCAGCCCUUUCCUUUUAUCCUCUACUAAUUUAUAUGUUUUGUUCAUUCUAGUACUCUUGUCCAUCUGUUCUCUGUUGUGUGAUCCUAAUCCAGAUGAUCCUUUAGUGCCUGAGAUUGCUCGGAUCUACAAAACAGAUAGAGAAAAGUACAACAGAAUAGCUCGGGAAUGGACUCAGAAGUAUGCGAUGUAAUUAAAGAAAUUAUUGGAUAACCUCUACAAAUAAAGAUAGGGGAACUCUGAAAGAGAAAAUCCUUUUGAUUUCCAUUUGACUGCUUUCUAUGAGCCCACGCCUCAUCUUCCCCUGUGCACAUGUUUACCUGAUACAGCAGUGCUGCGUGUUGUACAUACUUGGAACAACAAACUAGAAAUACUGUACUUCUGUACCAACAUUGCCUCCUAGCAGAGAAGUGUGUGUGUGUGACAAGCCAGUUCUCUCCAAGCGUAACCUAGGUGUGAAACUAAAAGCUUUCCUUAUUGACUUAAAUUUGGAUAACUGCAAGGUGUGAGGGGUGGUAGGUUUGGUGUGUGCUUGGACGGGGAAGAAAAGCUCCACUGACCUUUAUGAGAUUGUUUUUAAGUGGAAUCCAUUUAAACUCAAAACAGUUAUGAAAAGCAAGUUGAAGAACAUGAAGCUGUUUCUGUAUUCAUUUUAUUCCAAAGGACCUAUGUCUUAGGUGAAAGUUAUGUCCAACCAGAUUAAACUCUACCCACAUCCUGUAUUUUAAGGUCUAAGUUUAACCAGUCAAUAUUUAAAUGGAUUGGAGCUAUUAGUACAUAAAGUGUGAUGGGCAUUGUUCCCAACUCUUUUACAUCUCCCCACCCCCUCAACCUUCAGCCUUUCAGCCCCUCUUUCUCUCUUCCAUAUUCUUUGGUUUGUAUGUGGUUUCUCAGUUAAUACAUAGCUAAUAGCUCUUAUUUUUCUUAUGUUUUUAACUGCUUAGGUCUAUUUGGAUGUAAGGGUGAAAAUUCAUUUGAUGGAAAUACUUGUGUAUAUUUAAAGACCCAAUUGCUCCUCUGGAGCUUGUACGUUCAAGAAUGAUUAAUCUGUGUAAUAAACUGAUUACUACAGUCAUUACAUACAAUUUUGUGUGAAUAGGCUUUUUGAUUUUUAACAACUUUGUUUAGUCAAGAUUAGUGUUUGAUUUUUCCUCACCCCUUUAUGUUCAUUUAUACUGGUUGCAUUUCAAAACCGUGAAACAAUUCCAGUUUUAAAAAGGAUAUCUUGAGAGUAAUUUUAUUGAACAAGAUAGGGGCAUCAGCUUGAAAACAUUUUUAUGAAACAUACACAUGCAGAAUCCCAGGAACAUGACUGUUAAACUGAAUAAGAAAUUUGCUUUAUUAAUGAAACUAAGCUGCAUUUCACCAAAAGCUUGUGACAUUCGCUUGGUACAUAGGACAUAAAACAAAAAAGCAUUGCUAUUUGGUAAGUUAAGCCUCUAUGAUUGUAAUUAUAAAAAAGCAACAUUGACCAAAUCUAGAAAACAUGAGCACAAUCUUGUUUUGAAGAGUCUACAUAAUUACUUUGCACUAACAUUUGAAGAAUUUUAAAUUGUACUAUAUGUGGCUUUUUCAAAGUCUUCCCUUGACUCUAGUAAAAUGUAGUUUGAAACUUGUAAACAACUGUGUUUACCAAAAACAUUGAUGUGAACUAGGCAAGUUAUUUUUUUUCCUCACUUCUUUUCCUAAUCUAAUUGUAAACCAGGCCAACCAGAAGGCCAUGGCUAAUGCUCUCUAGCCAUAAGUUUCUUUCAAAUGCAUCUUUACACUCUUGCACAAAAAUUGAGGAAUAAAUGUCCAUUGCUUUUGGUUUUAAA